CUUACUGAGUGAGCAGCUGUAGUGUAGUAGGCUCCCUCGCCACACCAGAGCAGGACCACCGGCCGGACUGUCUGCUCGCCCCGAAGCCCGCAUGGAGGCACCAGCCGGCCGCAGACGCUGCGCCCCUGUCCGCUCCCUCACGGAACCUCCUUGUCCAGUCUGAGGGCGGGUUUGGCUGGUGCUGGAAAAUAAGAAGUCUGCCAGAUCACUUUCGACCCGAGGGGAUUUUUUUUAGGGCGAGCUGGUCCUGUCUGUCGAUUUUUUAUUAUUUUUUUACUUUUCUUUUCGCGUCUUGUGAAAAAGAGCAUCGAUGAAUUCGGAUAAAAAUGUUUACCUCGGUAGAGACAAAGGCAUCAUGCGGAAAAGAGCCUUGCUCCUCCGGAAGGGCUGCAGCUUCGAGAUUACCAGCUCGGCCUCGGAGGACUUGGGCUGCAGGCGUGGAGACUUCAGCAGGAAGCACUACGGCUCCGUGGAGCUGCUGAUAAGCAGUGAUGCAGAUGGGGCCAUUCAGAGGGCGGGACGCUUCAGGGUGGAGAAUGGCUCCACAGAUGAGACUUUGGACCACACCCCUGGUACCUGGAGGAGAACCGACGUCCAUCUGGAGAAUCCCGAGUACCACACAAGAUGGUUCUUUAAAUACUUUCUGGGAAAAGUCCAUCAGAACUAUGUGGGCACGGAUGCAGAGAAAAACCCCUUCUACCUGUCAGUGGUGCUCUCAGACCAGAACAACCAGCGAGUGCCGCAGUAUCGAGCCAUCCUGUGGAGAAAAACGGGGACCUUGAAGAUCAGCCUCCCCUACAGCCCGACCAAAACACUAUCAGUCAAGUCCAUCCUGAGCGCAAUGAACAUGGACAGGUUCGAGAGGGGCCCCAGGGAGAUCCUCAACCCUGACAUUCAGAAGGAUCUGCUGGUGCUAGAAGAACAAGAGGGCUCCGUCAACUUUAAAUUUGGUGUACUGUUUGCCAAAGACGGACAACUCACAGAUGAUGAGAUGUUUAGCAACGAAAUGGGCAGCGAGGGCUUUGACAAGUUUCUCAAUCUGCUGGGCGACUCCAUCACGCUGCAGGGAUGGGCGGGCUACAGGGGAGGCCUCGACACCAAGAACGACACUACAGGGAUCAAGUCCAUCUACACCGUGUAUCAGGGCCACGAGCUCAUGUUCCACGUGUCCACCAUGUUGCCGUAUUCUAAAGAGAACAAACAACAGGUGGAGCGAAAGAGGCACAUUGGAAACGACAUUGUUACCAUAGUGUUCCAGGAGGGCGAUGAAGCAUCGUCGUCCUUCAAACCCUCCAUGAUCCGAUCGCACUUCACCCAUAUAUUUGCAUUAAUUAGAUAUAACAGCCAGAAUGACAGCUACAGGUUGAAGAUAUUCUCAGAAGAGAGUGUGCCGCUGUUUGGACCUCCUCUCCCGUCGCCGCCCGUGUUUACUGAUCACCACGAAUUCAGGGACUUUUUACUAGUCAAAUUAAUCAAUGGAGAGAAAGCCACACUGGAGACGCCAACAUUUGCCCAGAAGCGUCAGCGGACCCUGGACAUGUUGAUCCGCUCGCUCUACCAGGACCUCAUGCCCGACCUGCAUAAGGUCCCUUUUUCCCCGCAGAACAUGUUGAACCGGCGCUCCUUCAGCGACGUGCUGCCCGAGUCGCCAAAGUCGGCGCGCAAGAAGGAGGAGGCGCGGCAGGCUGAAUUUGUCAGGAUAGGCCAGGCCCUCAAGCUGAAGACCAUCGUGAGAGGAGACGCCCCUACCAGCCUGGUCACUACCGGUCUGUGCAGAAAGGAGCCGUGGGAGUCGCAGUCCUUCUGCAGCACGUUCCCCUAUGAGAUCGUGUGCGCCGACUCCUGGGGUCAGUCGCUGCUGGUGGCCACCGACACAGCGGGGGUCGUCCUGCUGGAGGGACCCGAUCCACCCUCGGCCUGCACCGAGACGCAGGCUCUCCCCCCGGUGCAAGUGUUUGACAAGACGCUGCUGGUGAAGCAGAUGCACAUUCUCGAGCCUCAGGACCUGCUCAUCACCAGGGCGGACAAAGGGAAGGAUGCUCGGCUCUACGUGUUCCGAUUAAGCACACUCAAGAGAGGCCUGGAGGAGCGGCAGCUGGCCAGGAGCAAGUGCGACAGUCGGGAGAAUAAACUUGAGAAAACUAAAGGGUGCCAUUUGUACUCCAUCAACACCCAUCACGGCUCUGUGCUGAGGAUCGUGGCGGCCAUCAGGAACAAGCUCCUCCUCAUCACCAGGAAGCGCUUCGAGGGCUUCAGCGCCGUGGGAGCGGACUCGCCGGUGGAGGAGUUUCAAUACAUACGGGAGAUCUGUCUGUGCGACCCGCCUGUGGUGAUGGCGCUGGUGGACGGGCCGACGGGCGAGAACGACAACAUGAUCUGCGUGGCCUACAAGCAUCAGUUUGACCUGAUCAAUGAGAGCACCGGCGACGCGUACCGGCUGCACCACGUCGACGCCAACAGGGUGAAUUUUGUGGCAGCGAUCGACAUGUACGAGGACGGCGAGGCGGGUCUGCUGUUGUGUUACAAUUAUAUUUGUUACUACAAGAAAGUUUGUCCAUUCAACGGCUCGACGCCCAUGAUCCAGUCCAACACGUCCGAUUUCCACUUCAGCUGGAACCAGAUGCCCAACGCUAUAGUCUGCGCCUUCCCGUACAUCCUGGCCUUCACGACCGACUCCAUUGAGAUCCGCCUGGUGGUCAACGGCAACCUGGUGUACACGGCGGUGGUCCCCGAGCUGCAGCUGGCCUCCUCGCGGUCGGACAUCUACUUCCUCUCCUCGGCCCCGGUGAGCUCGGCCUCCAACUGCAGUUCGAGGGACACCAGCUCUCAGAGUUCCCCGCAAACGCCCACCGGCUACGAGAUGCCCGUCUUCCCCUCGCCCCUUGGCGACGAUUCUAUACGGAUCCCCUACGGUACCAAGCUCUCGCUGUACAUGUCGAAGGAUGCUGAAGGGGACUCGUCCUGCAAGCACGUCUUCAAGAUCCCGCUGUGCAACCUGGUGGGCCGCAGCAUCGAAAGGCCCCUCAAGUCGCCGCUGGUCAACAAGGUGCUGACGGCACCGUCGGCGCCCAUUGCCGCCACCGCCAUCGCCUCCACGCCCCUCAUCUCGGCCACGCACUCGCUCUCGCUGUCCCGCAUGGAGAUCAAGGAGAUCGCCAGCCGCACGCGCAAGGAGCUUCUGGGCCUGACAGAAGAACCCAGUGGGAAACCAGACAGCGGCGCUUUGAAACAGAGAAGGAUGAGCAAGAAGAACGCGGACGAAGACACUAAACCUCGAGCGCUCACGUCGACUAACAGCGACAGGUUGGACUCGGAAACCAGUGAGUCGGACCUGGAAGUCUGCGCCGCCUCGUCCCUCUUGGAGGCCGAGCCGGAGAAGUCGGUGCUGCAGGCGGAGAGUCCGCCGCUCGCCAGCGCCUUCGCCCUCGCCGCUUCCUUCCAGGAGGACGUCCUGGACCUCAAGUGAAGACAAUCCCAUCGUGCACUUCUCUCCAAAAACCUUUGCUCUCCUUCCUUUUGCUUGCCGUGCUUCUUGAGUUUGAUGUCGGCCUCCUUGUGAGCGUCUCCUUCCGCCGGACCAGACCAGUCAAACAACCCAAAGAAGCGACGCUCGUUCAUCCCAAACUGAAUGUAAAACAUUCGCCACAAUUCACUCUUUCAUUGACGCACCUGCUCAAAGACCACCGUCUGGUGUGCAUAUUUCUAGGUAUAUCCUGUAAAAAUAUAUAUAUUUUAUUGUCA